AACAAUCGCACGGCGAUGCGUUCUCGUUAUUUAUACGACGCGAAGCCCAAAAACCCCGAGGCGAAGGAAAAAGCCCUAAUCUCCAGGCCGCGUCUGACAGCGUUCCUCCGCUUCCACCUAGCCGCCGCCAGCCAGCCAGCAACCAAGCUCGCCGUCUCCCCUACUCGUCGUCGUGCUCUAGGUUUCGGGAUGGAGGCUGAGGCGGCGGCGAAGAGGGCGCGGGAGGGUGAGGGCGCUGCGACGGCGGACGGAGCCGGCGAGCAGGCGGGGAUCUCCGCCGUCAUCCCCGGAUGGUUCUCAGAGAUUAGCCCCAUGUGGCCUGGUGAGGCACACUCGCUGAAGGUGGAAAAAGUGCUGUUCCAAGGGAAGUCGGACUACCAAAAUGUGUUGGUUUUUCAGUCCUCCACCUACGGGAAGGUACUAGUCCUGGAUGGUGUGAUUCAAGUAACUGAGAGGGAUGAGUGUGCUUACCAGGAGAUGAUUACUCACCUCCCCCUUUGCUCUAUCAAAGAUCCCAAGAAGGUCUUAGUUAUUGGAGGUGGAGAUGGUGGUGUUCUGCGUGAGGUUUCACGAUAUUCCUCAGUGGAACAAAUUGACAUAUGUGAAAUUGAUAAGAUGGUGGUGGAUGUCUCCAAACAAUUUUUCCCUCAUCUGGCUCUUGGAUUUGAAGAUUCUCGUGUGUCCUUGCACAUUGGAGAUGGUGUUGCCUUUUUGAAAAAUGCCCCGGAGGGUACCUACGAUGCCGUGAUUGUUGAUUCCUCUGAUCCAAUAGGUCCUGCUCAAGAGCUUUUCGAGAAGCCUUUCUUCCAGUCUGUUUCCAGAGCUUUGCGCCCAGGUGGAGUUGUCUGUACUCAAGCGGAGAGCAUAUGGCUGCAUAUGCACAUCAUUGAAGAUAUUGUUACCAACUGUCGACAAGUUUUUAAAGGCUCAGUUAACUAUGCUUGGACAACAGUACCGACAUACCCUAGUGGAGUGAUCGGUUUCAUGCUUUGCUCCACGGAGGGACCACCUGUUGAUUUCCAGCAUCCAGUUUUCAACAUUGAGGAGGAUGAUUAUUCUACAAAAUCGAAAGGACCGCUCAAGUUCUACAACUCUGAGAUCCAUUCAGCAUCAUUUUGUUUGCCAUCUUUCGCGAAAAGGGUCAUUGAGUCCAAGUCUAACUGAAGAGGGUCGCUGGUCAAAAGGCCCCGACCAGACGUGAAGAGGGUCCUUGAAUCCAAGGUUCGAGUCCCCUUAGACAAGACAAAAAGUUGGUUGUAGCAUAAACAAGGGAUGGCCUCCCUAUUUUAGCUUUAAAUAAGCAUCACAGAUACGCAGUUACCGAAAUUAUCUAUCCUCAGUUUUACUUCUCUGGUUGUAUUUCCUCUGUAUUUGGUAUCUGCUUUUCCCGCACUUCUCUGAUCAUUUCGAACGUGUUUUGCAUGAUCUGGAAGCGAUCGCCUGGUGCUCUUCCUAAGGUGGAACGACAUGUGAUCGUUUAAGUUGCGUUUCCAUUGCGGUGGAUUCUCGUAA